CACUGGGUGCACGGACCGUGGAGGAUACGGGCAGAAGAUGGCUGACUUAGCCGGGCACCGCGAGCCCUCGGCGGCAUCACCAGCGUCACACGGGCCGCUGAAAAGCUACAAGACAUCCGCCGUCUGGCGACUGUAAACAGCUGCCUCUUUCUCUCCCCCCUCCUCACCCCUUCCUCACCGCAAAUAUUGACAGAAGUAUCUCAGAGAAAACAUGGCAGAGAUGGAAAAAGAGGGCAGACCUCCGGAAAAUAAAAGAAGCCGAAAGCCAGCUCACCCGGUGAAAAGGGAGAUAAAUGAAGAGAUGAAGAGUUUUGCAGAGAACACCAUGAAUGAGCUGCUGGGCUGGUACGGAUAUGACAAGGUGGAGCUGAGAGACUCCGACAACCUGGAGAUUGGGGAGACGCCACAGCACAUCUCUGUCCUCAAAGAAAACUUGUUGCCAAAAAUCCCAGCUUCAACAGAGAGCAGCGAAGGCUCUCCGGAUCGAGCCAACAGCUCCCAGUCUUUGCCAACCUCCAGGAACGGAGUCACAGAGUCCUCCACCACGCCGUCCACCUCUAUGCCCAGCACCAAGGAACAUGGCAACCUGCCCAUCAUAGUCCCCAUGAUCCCCCCGCCGCUGAUCAAGCCCCCUGCAGAUGAAGAUGCAUCCAAUGUGCAGAUCAUGUGCGCCUGGUGUCAGAAGGUCGGCGUUAAACGCUAUUCUCUGAGCAUGGGGAGUGAGCUGAAGAGCUUCUGCAGUGAGAAGUGCUUCGCUGCCUGCCGCAGAGCCUAUUUUAAGAGGAACAAGGCGAGAGACGACGAUGGCCUCGGUGGGAAAUUACCCCAGCACAGCUUUACUCAGGACACGCCCAGGCUUGUCUUCAAGACAAACAGCGAUGUGCUUGUGUGUGACUGGUGCAAACAUAUUCGCCACACUAAGGAGUACCUGGACUUUGGAGCUGGUGAGCGGAGGCUGCAGUUCUGCAGUGCCAAAUGCCUGAACCAAUAUAAGAUGGACAUUUUCUACAAGGAGACCCAGGCUGCACUGCCUGGAGCAUUAUGUAACCCUGGACACGGCACUGGUGGAGAGAGUAAGAUGGAGUGUAGUGGAGGGGUACAGCUUCUCACUCCUGAGUCCUGGGGAACGCCAUUAACGGACCUUAGGCGUAAAGCUCCCUCACCAGGAGGUCCUUCCACCAACUCUGCAAUGGCCCCUUCCACUUCCUCUGCCACCUCACCUUCAGACACUGCUGCUGUCUGCUCCCCAUCCUCCUGCUCCUCAGCCAAGAUCCCCACACCCAGACCCCACGAGAGCCCCACACUUCCCCCUCCGCCUGUUCCAACUUUGCACCCACCUGUUGGGGUUCCACCUGGUAGCCCUCCCAUGGUGAUGACACCCCGGGGACCCAUGCCCCUACCGCUGUUCAUGGAGCAUCAAAUGAUGCAGCAGAUGCGUCCACCAUUUCUUCGGCCCUCUGCCCACCCAGGUGGGCCCAAUAGUCCCCUGUCAAACCCUAUCAUCCCUGGCAUUGGUCCACCACCUCCCUCUAGGUCCAUGGGUUCAGCAUCAAGCCCCAUGCAUAGACCCCUGCUGUCUCCACAUGUCCACCCCUCAUCCAAUCCCAACCCAGGCAUGAUGCCCCCUCACCCUGGUCUCCCCAUGCCAGGCCUGCCCCCUUUCCCCCCAGUCAACAUGAUGCCCAAUGGACGCAUUCCUCUGCCCCCAAUGAUGAACUUUGGCAUGCCAUCCUUGGCUCCAUUGGUACCCCCACCAACUCUCUUGGUUCCUUAUCCUGUCAUUGUACCUCUGCCAGUCCCGAUCCCUAUUCCAAUCCCGAUUCCCUUCAGCCCCAAAAAUUCCAGGGACCAGCCAGAGAGCAGUGGUACCUUCCGCAGUGCUCCAGAGUCCUCUGAGGCUUCGGGAUCUGGGCCACACUCUCCAGGGUCCUCUGGAGGUGACAGAGGGGAGCAGAAAGUAGAGCCAGCUGGCAUGGAGCGUCUCUCUCCUGUACGCUCAGAUAGGAGCAGGACGGCGUUGGUUGACUUGACUGUGAAGGCAGAGGACAAUUCAGGCAAUCUGUGUCUAAGCAGCGGCCCUGUAUCAGUGGAGGGGGUGAUUGAUCUAACUAUAGGCCAGAGGCCAUGCCAACAGCAGGUAAUUCAGAGGAUGCUACCAGGGGUCCAGGUCAAGGUAGAGGCAGAGGCAGAGACAAGAUCUCCACCAGCUGCAGGGUUGGGUUGGGAAGGGAAGGGCUGUCGUGAUGGGGUGGACGGUGCCCUCUCACAGGGCCUCCUCAAUGCUGCAGAGCUGGAAGGGGCCACACACCCAAACACACUGGAAUCACCAGGCCCUCCCUCAAGCAACAGCAGCCCUUAUUGCCACGCUGAUCCUCCAAUGAGCCAGCUGAACCCCUGUAACUCUAACCGUACCCCACCACCCUUACCCAGCACAACACGGACCCACCCACAACCCCUGCCCCAGCUCCAAACCAACCCUGCUGCCCCAUGUAAUGUCAUAGUCAAUGGUACGGGAUGGCAUUCGCUUCUCACCCCUGCCUUUGAGUCUUACCCUGACCGAAGAGAUGGUGUUGUAGGAGAAGGCACGGCAGAGGAACAGUCAGCCAACGGUGAACUGGAGCAUGAGGCACUGAAAGAGAACAAUUGCGCAGCUGGAGAGUGGGAGCCAGGGAAGCGGGGCUCAGCGCAAGAUGAGAUGGCGGACACAGUGGAUGGUAAGCCAGACCCUGACUCCAACUUAGAGGAGGGUGAGCAUGCCUAUGCCCUGCCACUGCUGUCUACCGGAGGCUGUGUGGUCAUCCAGCCUGUGCCAAAGCCCGGUGCUGACAAAACGGCCAUCCUGUCCUGCUCCAUCAGUGCCCCUUUGUCAGCAGACGGGAGCCCCGAGCUGGAGCCACCGCUGAAGAGGAGGUGUCUGCGAAUCCGCAAUCAAAAUAAAUGAGAUGGACGCUCUGAGGACCACAGUGCCAUCAACGACACUCACUUGUCCACCCCCCACCUCCAAAUCCCACCCCUCCAAACUACACCACCACACACAUGAACACUCAGAUUUUUCUCGUCCUCACUCAUCGUCCAGUCUACCAGCACCACAAAUCGCCUUCGACGACUGAUGAGAGUCCAACCAAACAUGUUGUAUCAUAGCAGAGUGGACAAGACUCCUUUUGUCCGUCUGACAGACACACUGAUGGACUGAACUUCUAAAGAGUUGAUGUCGUGGCCAGCAGGAUCGCUUGACCUUUGAACUGCAGACAGUAUAUCCCCGCAACUGGAGGACUUUUACCCUGCUGCUUCACUCCUCAUUUAGAGACUCUCAGCCCACACUGCCCCUUACCCACACUCCCUCUAACAAGUGCUCUCCAUAUUGUCCGUUACAAUGAGACGCUGCUGCUGGGAAUUUAGUGAAAGGAGCCCCAAAGAGAGAUUUCCAUCCCCUGUUUCGGUUCAACCUGGUGCCACACCACAGGUACAAAAUCUCCAGUAAGUGUUUUUUUUUUUCUUGUCACUAAGGUAUAGACACAUUUCACAAAGAGCCAGAGAGCUGGCAAAAAUCUAACCAGCAAAAACAGUGUUUGCCAACCUGACACAAAGUGUUCUGAUGGGUGAAGCGAAGAGAGAAGCAUAAUAAGCAUGAAUAUGUGACUAAGAGUUAUUUCAAUAAGAGGCUGGAGAACUGUCCUUGGACAUAAAAACACAGAUUGUUUUUGGAUUUACUGAAUCAGCAAUCUGGAGGAUAAAAUAUUAACCUUCACCAGCAACUAAUGGUGUGUGGGUGGAAUCAUGCAAUCUCUGCCAUUUUCCUGUAGCACUAUUUGCUUGCUCUCAAACUUCACUGAUUUGAAAUAUUUUGUUACACAAGAAUGGGACGGAGUUGACAUGAUAAUCAUUCCGACUACUGACAUUUUCACAUCCUGUGUUUAAACAGUAAGCACCAGUACAAGUAAUAGGCUGCUGUUUGAGAACAUUACGAGGCUUACUGCACCUCCAGAAGAACUGGGAUGGCAUGACAAUGUAGAAAGUCUGCCAAACUGCAGUGGGUACUUGCUACUGCAGGCUAGUACUUAAUCUUUUCUAUAAUACAUUACCAGUGGUGUUUCUGUAAUGGGUUAGUUUGAGACCGACUGCACUGAAUUUAGACGGGGCAGAGGCAAGCCAGCUCUUUCAUAAAUAAUUCUUUUGGGACCUGGAGGAACACUGUUGAAGUAACACAACAGAUUUUUUCUACAAUAAACACACUGAAGACAAAUUCAUUUUGGAAAUAAUUUGAAAAAUGUUUAGAACAUUGCCUCUUGCUUCUCCACCAGUCCUGCCAAGUUGCUGAUUUUUUUUGCCAGUUAUUAUUUGUUUCAAGCCAAAUUUAAAGGAGCGGUGUCUGUAGGUUUUAGUGGCAUCUAGUGAUGAAGAUUGCAGAUUGCAUCCAACUGAAACUUCUCCCAUGUGCCAAGCGUGAACUUCCUUUAGGUUUUUCACCAGGAGCCUAAUUAUCCGCUGAGGUCUCUUCCUCUACAAAAAAAAAACUGACCUGGUGAUUUAAACCAGUAAAAACACUGAAAAAAGCAGUUUCAUGCUACAGAUCAGUGUUUCUCAGAUGUUGUUCGCCAUGUAGCUGAUGGGCUUACCUUUUUUCUUGGUAACUCAAAAUCCAGACAUUCAGGCGGUUUAUACCAGGAGACAAAUUAUUCACAGGGAUCUCUUCCUCAGCAAAACAAACAUACUUGGGGAUUUAAACUAGUAAAAACACUGUAAAAAACAGUUUUAUGUUACAAAUCACUGUUUCUGUGGUGUUUUUUGGCACCUGACAGUUGGGCCACUUGCCCAGCAUCUUCUAAUGUGUACUCACUUUUUUUCUCCAUCUAAUAACUUAAGAUCCAGACGUUCAUGAGGUUUUUUU